GAAACGCGCUCAGUUCGGUUUGGUUAUUGGUUCGCCGGUUGAUUUUCAUCACCAUGCGUACGUUCACCUUGAUCUUGGGACUAUUGUGCAGCUUGGGAUACUCAAGUGGAUACAAUUACCUGAUGGUUCUGAAUUCCGCCGGUCGUUCCCACUUUAAUGUGGGACACGCUUUGGCCAAGGGAUUGGUCAAGGCUGGGCAUACAAUCACCGUAGUGUCCGUCUUUCCUCAGAAAAAACCCAUUCCUGGUUAUACUGAUGUAAGUGUGCCAAAUGUGAUCGAAGUCAUGGGAGGAGACAUUGGAGCCUUGUGGGCAUCUAUCCAAAAGACAUAUACUCAGAAUCUCAUCGAUCAUUAUCAAAUGGGAUUUCGCAUCACCAGAGGCCUUUUCGAGGACUCCAAUUUCCAGGAUUUUCUGAAGAGCAACCAAAGCUUUGAUGCGAUCAUAUGUGAGACUUUCUACAAUGAUGCCCACUAUGGCUUGGCAGAGCAUUUUAAUGCUCCACUGAUUGGAUUGGCCACCGGUGGAGGUCUGACAUUUAUCACAGAUAUGGUUGGUUCCCCCGCUCCAGCUUCGUUCGUGCCCCACAUAAUGCUACCCUUUAACGAUCACAUGUCGCUGUACGAACGCCUUUUGAACGUGGCUUUUCUUGGCUAUGAAAGAGUUCUACUGGACUACUAUUUCUUACCGACUCAGGAGAAGUUAUACAAGGAGUUCUUUCCGGGCAACAAGAGGUGUUUCUAUAAGAUGCGCCGAAAUGCCUCCUUGGUGCUCAUCAAUCAACAUGUUUCACUAAGUUUUCCGCGACCGCACUCACCCAACAUGAUUGAAGUGGGUGGCAUGCAUAUCGACGGAAAGUGGAAUCCACUGCCCGAGAAGAUCGAGAGAUUCAUCAAUGAGUCAGAACAUGGAGCCAUUUACUUUUCCAUGGGAUCGAAUCUCAAGACCAAGGACUUACCCCCAUCAAAGGUUCAAGAGAUCCUGAAAGCAUUAGGUGGGCUCAAACAGCGUGUUCUCUGGAAAUUUGAGCUGGAUAACCUGCCCAACAAACCGGAGAAUGUCUACAUUUCCGACUGGUUUCCACAGACGGACAUAUUGGCCCAUCCCAAGAUCAUGGCAUUUGUGACCCACGGCGGCAUGCUGAGCACCACGGAGUCCAUUUAUCAUGCUAAACCCGUGAUCGGUUUGCCGAUCUUUAGUGAUCAGUUUUUCAACAUGGCUCAUGCCGAGCAAAACGGCUAUGGCAUAAUGCUGGACUUCAAGACGCUGAAUGCCGUAGAAUUCCGGAAAGCAAUCGAGCGGAUUACAAGUGAGCCAUCCUACACCAAAGUGGUGCAGGGCAUAUCCUUCCGAUAUCGGGAUCAACAACAAACGCCAAUUGAAAAUGCGAUAUACUGGGUGGAACAUGUGACCCGCCAUCAAGGAGCUGCCUAUUUGAAAAGUGCGGCACAAAGGCUGAACUGGUGGCAGUACCACAAUGUUGAUGUGCUCCUAAUUAUUUUUGUAGUAAUGGUUCUGUUGCUAAUUGUACUGCCAAUUACUAUCUAUAAGCUGCUUAAAAAGUUAUUACUCAAAGGAGAGAGAACUCAAAGCACUAAAGUCAAACGCAACUAGAAAUGUAGCUUUGCACUUUUGUAUAAAAAUCUAUGAUAAAUAAGUUUCCACACUAAAGUAUUAAAAGCAUGCUAUGUUAUUAAAUUCUAUAUAAAGAGUAAUUGAUAUGGUGAUAUGGUUUGUGCAUUCAGAUCGUUGGGAAAACCAUAAUGUGAAUUUAUCUCGAACAAACAGAUGUAAUUGCCAAACAUUUGAAUUUCUGGUCAACCGUUUCCAUUUCCAUUGUGCCACAUCCAUUUCCUGAUGCCACAAGCAAAUUACUGCCUAACAGCAUGCUGCAAAAAAUUGUUUUCAUCUUUUCCACCCAGCGCACAAACAAUCGCUAACUCGCAUCGAAAAGUUGAGAUGUAUUUUCAUGGGCUGGCAAAAAUACAUUUCGCUUUUCUAUUAUUGGCCACGUUAUCAAUGCACACACGUGCCGGCCGCUGAUUGAUUUCGCUAGCAAGCGAAACGAGAGUAAAAUUCAAACCAAACGCAAAUGACAAAACAAAAUUGGAAAUGCAGACGAUGAGAUGGGGGGCAAAAUUUAAAUAGGCACUCGAGCAUUAAAUUAAGCAGCAUCAAUAUACGUAGGUCGCUGAAAACCAGUCAGAACGAGUGAGUCCCGGGAUAGGAAAACACAAGGAGUGUCACUGUACCGGCCGCCCACAUUCACAACACCACUCCCGCCGAUCAAAAAAAAAAAACAAAAAAGAGGAGAAAAUCAUAAAAUAAAGUAAAGGAAACCGCUCCGAGGUGCAAAACGGCUGAAAUGAAGGAAAUGAAAUGCCAAAAAGACAGAGUUUCCCCACUUGCAACACACACGACAGCUUUUCCGAGUGUGUUUGUGCACUGAGCGAAAAGCGCAAGUUGAAAAAUGCAUAUCUGAAAUGGUUAUCUAUAUAUUCUACUAUUUAAACAUUUAGGUUGAGCUAAGAGAAGGAAUUAAAGCAUAAAGAUUUUU